AUGUCUGAUAGUAGGACUAUAGGUGGUUCUGGACCUACUGGCACUGGGUCUGACAAUAGAGCGAGUGUCAGUAGUGAUGUUCCCGACAACAAUCCUGAUAAGGGCCUACCUCCUGUGGCACCAACUCCCCUUAUUGGUAAUCAUGGUCAUAAUCCAAUGGGUUCGAUAUCUGGAACCACGAAAACAGGUUCUCCAAGGUCAAAGAUCUAUAAUCCACAUCCCAGAAGUGGUUCUGUCAAUCCAGUCUCCGAUAGCUCUUCACAGCAUCCAUCGCGUCCACAGAGUCCAGCCAUUAGACCACAACCAAGAUGGCGAGGGUCUAGUGGACCAAAUUCUUCUGGUGGUGCGUUAUCUUUAAGAAAGUAUAAAUACAGCACAGAAGAUGAUGAAGACGAAGUUGAGGCUGAUCUUGAACGAGAAUACUAUGAAGGUUACUCAGAUGGUUUAAAGGAGAAAAUUAGAAGAUCCACUAUUAAAGCAGAUCGAGAGCAGCUGCUACAGCAGCUCAAAGAUCAUAGGGAACAGAAGGAUCAAUUACAACCUUCACUCCAACUUCCAUCACUUAGCAUUGGCCCGAGCUAUGAAUCUCAGCAGCAAGCGCCACGCAGGACUGAUUCGCCGUCGAUAACAAGUGCUGCCUCUACUACUGCGCUUUUAGGCACACCAAGACUAGAGGCAACUGAUGAGGGAAUUUUACGACAUCGCAAGAGUGAAUUGAUAGCUGAUUUGCUUGCCGAUGACGAUGGUGGAAACACUGUUGAAGCCGCGAAAGAGCUACUUGGCGAUGAUCCACAUCGCCAUUACCAGACACAUCAACGUCUUCACUCAAUUCAUCAUCAUCAUGACGACCAUAGUGUACGAAGUUCAAGUGAACACGGUGGACCAAGAUCUCGAGAUGCUCCGAGUGUAAAGCUUGAUAAACGGUUUGUUCCAGAGGAUGAUGAUCGUGGAUAUAAUGAGCACGGCCAUGAAGAGGGCGAAAACAAUGGUGACGAUGAAGACGGUGAAAAUGAUGAUGACGAUGAUGAUGAUGGUGCCAGUAUUGCUAGUAAUGAAACGUUCACUCUACGCGAACGUCAGGACGCUAUUAACACUACACAUCCAUUUGGUAUUCGUAUUUGGAAGCCAGCUGUGUAUAAAAAGGUCCGGUCAGUACAGCGGAUCGCAGAAGGAGAUUUGCACUCCACUCCAGGAAAAGAUGUGCAGUGGACUGUAUGGAUGGGAAAUAUUUUGUGGACAGUAUUAUUUGGAACAAUCUUGUUUAUCACAUGUGGCCUUGGAUCUGUUCUGUGCUUAAUUUUUUUUUGGAGCGAGUCUGCUCAAUUAUAUGGAGUAGCUCUCUUCAAACUUGGUACCUACUUUUGGUUUCCUUUUGGUCAUUAUGUGGAAUUGGCCCAAGAUGAGAACUAUUUGGACGAGGAUGAAGGAGAAGGUUUGAGUAUUGCUGACUACCAAAGGUGGCAAGCUGGAGAUGUCGAGUAUGGAAGACUGUUUUUUGGCCCUGCCAGCAGUUCGCGAGACAAUAACACUGGUAGUAAUGGUGAUGCUGGUAGUAAUGUAAACUCUCCGUCAGCGAACAUUAAUAUCCAAUCCAAUACCGGCGCCGGCUCUGAUGGUAUUUUGGCGGACCCUAGCACCCCUGCGCCGGAGACCCAUGAUGAGUCUAUCCCAUUAUUAAGAUCGCCAGGUUCAGGAGAGUUUCGGAGAAAGCGACGGCUUUUUGGUAGAGGUGAAUGGAAUUUAGGUAGGGUUUUAUUUUAUCUAUGGUUUUACGUCGUUGUAUGUCCAAUACUCUAUACCAUUUCACUUGUCUGUUGGUUGGGCGUUUUCUCAAUCCCUAUGGCCCGGGUGGCAACAAUUCUCAUCCCUCACCUUAGAAGACACCCAUUAGCAUUGUCAUUCAAGCCGGCAUCGUCGUUCUUUUCUGAGGAACAUGGUCCAGACAGAACUUCAAGCAUAAUUCUUUGUACCUACAGAGCGUGGGGUUGGAACUACUACAAGUACACCAUUGAUGGUACAAAUGUGAUUAUCAUCAACCUGAUGCUACCAGUGCUAUUUGUAAUUUUUGACUAUUUUGUUCUCUACGAAACACUACACAUCGACAAUUUCAUCACUAAUCCAGCUACUGUGUUCAGUCUCAGUUUGGCUUCUAUUGUCCCGUUAGCUUAUUUCAUUGGACAAGCAGUCGCCUCUAUCUCUGCGCAGUCUUCCAUGGGAAUGGGUGCUGCUAUUAAUGCAUUCUUUUCAACUGUUGUAGAAGUAUUUCUCUAUACUGUUGCUCUUUCCCAAGGCAAAGGAGAUCUUGUGGAAGGCAGUAUUGUGGGUAGUAUUCUUGCUGGUGUACUACUGCUGCCAGGGACAUCUAUGUGUGCUGGAGCAAUACGUCGAAAGACACAAAGAUAUAACCCAAGGUCUGCGGGUGUUAGUUCAACUAUGUUGGUAUUUGCUGUCAUUGGUGCUUUUGCUCCUACUGUUUUCUAUCAAAUAUACGGUUCUUACGAGUUACGGUGUGUUCCAUGUCCCAUUGAGGCUGGUGCACUGGCUCCUAGUUGUCGCAAAUGUAGAUUCGAGCAGCUGCCUUUGGUGGAAAAUGAGUUUUUCCUCAAUGUGAUUCAACCAUUCAGUGUAACAUGUGCAUUUUUGCUUUUCGUGUCGUAUGUUAUUGGGCUGUGGUUUACAUUGCGCACACAUGCUGCAAUGAUUUGGGCGACUCCAACUGUUUCAGAACAACCUAUGUUUCAACAUUUACAAAAUAUUAUCCCUUCUGCUACGACCCAGCAAGUUGUGCCAGCAGGUUUGUUAACGGGAACUCAGCCUUUUGUUCCUCCUACAACCCCUGUUAAUCCAUCUCAGCAAGGUUCAGUGCGCCGGCAGAGUACCAAACAUGUUGCGAUGGCUGUUCCCCCAGUUGCUCAUGUGAAAGAAGACAUGGCUCCUGAGUCUGAAGGCGGGGGUCACGAUGCCCCUAAUUGGGGUCGUUUGAAGAGUUCUGUUAUUCUUCUGGGUGCCACUGUGCUGUACGCUAUUAUUGCAGAAAUUUUGGUUGAUACUGUCGAUGUGGUUCUCAAGAAUUUUGCUAUUAGUGAGAAGUUCCUUGGAAUAACAAUUUUCGCACUUGUUCCAAACACAACCGAAUUUCUUAACGCCAUUUCUUUCGCAAUACAUGGCAAUAUUGCUUUGAGUAUGGAGAUUGGUUCUGCUUAUGCUUUGCAGGUAUGCCUUUUGCAAAUCCCCGCACUUGUUUUCUAUUCAAUCUACAGUGCUAAGGGUCUGGUUGGACCUAUUCACGAAUUCGCAUUCACUCUAGUAUUUCCUCGCUGGGAUCUCUGGGUCGUGAUUUUUUGUGUUUUUCUCUUUUCAUACAUCUAUGCUGAGGGCAAAAGUAAUUAUUUUAAGGGAUCUAUCCUUAUUCUCGCGUAUCUCGUCGUUAUGGCAGGAUUUUUCUUUUCUGACGUCGAGAUCGCAAACGGUAUUUUGGGGAACUACGGAACAUUUGUUCUCCCUGAAUUGAAUUAUAUACCACCACCUGCAUUGAGUAUUCAAAACUGA